AUGGCUAUUACUGAUAUUUUUUCUAUUUUAAGUGUACCUGGAUGUAUUAUUAAGAAUUUUUUGCUUUCUAGUCAAUUUCGCCGAUAUUGUAUGGAAAUAGUUGGUGAUCACUUUUUGGUAUUUCCUCAACCCCCUGAUAAUUUAAUUACGGUUUUAAACUUCAUAAAAGUUGUAUUUGAAAAUACCAAACCGCAAGUGAAUAUUGUCAGUGACUCGCCAUAUAUAUUCAAGUCUGUUAUGGCAUGUUUGUUAGCCUGUGAUACUUGCUCGCCUGAGAAAGAGCCACCUUCUAUAAGAAAUUUAGCUACAGCUAUAAUAAAGUUAAUAACAAACAAUUUAUCAUGCGAAAAAGAAGUUGAGAUUAGAAACAAACUACAGAAAUGCUUGGAAAAUUUUGUCGAAUCCAACUUUAAACAAUUUAAUGUAAAGAUUCUUAAAAGCUUGGGUAAUGUCGCCAAAUAUGAUAGUGACAUGAUCAUUACCUUGCUACCAAAAAUUCGACAAAUUAUUCUACAAACUGAACAAAACAGAGGUGUUGGAAGAGAUAAAGGACUAAGAUCUGGUUAUACUGACUUCCUGGAAUAUUUGUAUAAAAUAAGCGCGAAGCAAUUUGACCAUUCUGAAUUUGAAAUUAUUUAG